GCUAUUUUUCGUGGUUGCAUUUGUAAACUUAGUAAAUUCAUCGGAGAGGUUAAAUAAAAACUAUUGAGGCAUUACCAACUUGUAUUAAGCUUGUUUAUGUCGAAUGCAGUAAUGAAAUAAGAAGCAACAUAUAGAAUUCCUUCGCAAAUCUAUAUAUUGAUUCUCUUUCCUAAUCUAUUUUUGAACAAUCAACCAUCUACUCCUUUUAUAUCGUAUCUUCGGUUUAUUUUAUUAUUUCGUUCAUAUUUAAAGUCGGUACUAAAAGGGAAAAGUCUCAAAUAUGGUUACGAAGCGAAUAACCUUUCGAUCAAAAGACAAGGAGGUACGGAAAACCAAUGACAGUUCAAUUCUUUCAAAAGCAUCAGUCGAAAAAUGUUGCUACCCAGGGUUUAAUAAAGAGCACAGCUACUACAAGCCGUUUAUUACUAAAACUCCUAGGAGAUCGCCGAGCGUAAACCGAGGUUAUUGGACUCGUUGUAUAGCGAUUAGGUAUGCUGUUCAAAAAUUUGUUGAAAAAAAAGGCGGAAAACCGAAAGCUAUUGUGAAUCUGGGAGCAGGAUACGAUCCACUAGCUUUGCAGCUUCUAAAUUCUUACAAUGGUCAAAGCGCCGAAGACAUCGUGUUUUACGAUGUCGAUUAUCCAGAGUCUAUCGAAAAUAGGGUGAACAUGAUAAUGUCUGAUGAUUUUCUUCAGGGAAUAAUCUAUAAAAAUGAUUCUGAAAUUGAAGUACAUACCGAGAUUCAUACCAAAAACUAUCACACGGUCGGUUGUAACUUGAAAGAAUUAGAUCUUCUUCACAAGAAGUUAGAGGAAUGCGGUCUUGACUAUAAUAACACCUCAAUACUUUUCAUUUCUGAAGUUGCUGCAGUUUAUAUGCCUGUCAGUGCCUCAAAUUCACUAGUCAAAUGGAUGUCUCAAUUUCCAGAUGCUCAUUCUUGCUUUUUAGAACAGAUUGCCCCUGCUGGGUUUAGUCAUCCGUUUGCCAAAGUCAUGGUUAAACACUUUAAUGAAUGGGGCUCCCCGCUGCAUGGUCUUGCCGUAUACCAUAGUUUAGAAGCUUUAAAAUGCAGAUGGGCAAAGCUGGGCUGGGAACACGUAGAAGUGUUCGAUGUUUGCACCUUCUGGAAUUUCUUAUUGAGCGAAAAAUAUCGCAUAGAAUGUGAACAAACCGAACCUUUUGAUGAAUGGGAAGAGUUCUACUUCUUUCUUCAACAUUAUAGUAUACAACAUGCCAGCAGUUCUAUGAGUCAAAUGUAUAAUAUGGUCGAACAUCCUAAUCCUUAUAUGCAAUAUUAUCGUUACCAAAUCAAUGGAAAUGAAAUCUCACCGGUUCACUGUCGAACACAGCUAUCGAAGAAGCGUAUGAAACUCACUACGGUUGCAACCGAAAUAAAGGAAGCUCUUCCCACUUGCCGAUCUGCUGCGAUAGGUGUUUCUGAAAGCGGUAUAUUGUUUCAAGGAGGCUUAUCACCAUCUGGUCGUUCUGACUCUGCGUUUCUUAUAACCGAAAAGCAAAAUGUGAAAGAUAUUUCUAGUAGUGAAGUGCGUCCUCGUGUAAGCCAUGCGAUAAUACCAGUAAAUAAUGGAGACUAUAUGCUCAUAGGAGGCAGAGAAUCGCCAAAUAAGGCUCUUGAUUCUUGUUACCUAUACUCAAAUGGGUAUUGGAAACAAGAGGCAUCUUUACCUUAUCCAGCUUUUCGUGUCUCAACUACAAAAUUAAAUUAUGAAAAUAAAGCUUAUGUUUUACUUCAGGCUGGAAAACCACAUGGUGGUUGGCUUAUUUGGUCGGAGCAAGCGAAGCAAUGGUCUCAAGUUCGUUGUUCAGAACCGGCUUUAAGUAAGAGUUGGGGUUCGUGCAUUCAUUAUUCUUCAGAGUUACAAUGUGGAAUUUUAAUGGGCGGUAUGGAUAAACAAAAUCAUCCUAUCGAGGAUGUUUGGGAAUGGAAACUUGAAAAACAGAAGGAUCACUUCGAACUGGGUUUUUCACCUUGGAAUUUGAGGGAGGAUUUGAAAGUUUUGCUUGCACGGGUCAAUAGUAAUCUCGUAACUUUCAAGAACAAUAGUACUAAACCGGUGAUCAUUGGUGGGGCAGGCUUAUUUAAAACAAUGAGAUGGGAAGAGGAAGCAUUUGUCAUAAAUAUGGUUGAUCGGCAGAUUGAAAACGUUUGUCUAGAAGAAAGUGUUUCAAGACAGGUUUUAGUCUCUUGUCAAUGCUGCAGUUUUGGUAAUCUCUUGUAUGUUUUUGGGGGCGGUUGCGUAUGCUUUUCUUUUGGAUCUUUUAUUAAUGAAAACGUUCAUUGUUUUGAGAUUUCUGAGCAAUAGAUUUUUUGGAAUUUAGGUCAAAUUUAAUAUUUUUGUUAAUAAUUACUUGAUUUAAGAAGCUUAGAGAUAAUUGUUAUCCUUUUACGUAUCCUAAAUUUUAAACCCAACUUUCUAUGAAG